GGGGAAGGACUGGGCUUGGUUUGACGGUGUUGGCUCCUGGCGGAAGGAGAGCGCCGUGAGCCCCUUGUAGGAGUUGGAAAGGCAGAACGCGGGUAAGCGAAUCAGUGGGGGUGGUGUGCGUCAUGUGCUGUGCUGCAAGGGCUGGCCAGAGAUUUGGGGACGGCGCUCCAGCAGCGUUAAAUUGAUCAGAUGCUCAUUAUAGCUGAACCUGCCAGCCGAUCGGAGGCUCUCGCGCUCUCUCACUUUCCUGUUUUGUUUCACGGGCUGAUUUCCAAAGCGAAGCGCCCCCUCCCCCUCCCCCCCUCCCCCAGGGGCGCUGGACUGCACUCCGCAAGGCCAGGUAAAGGGAAGCGGGUACGGCUGGACAGGACAGCGGGCUUCGCGAGCGAGGGACUCUGCGGGGCGGGGAUGGUUUGCGGCACCUCUACUGCGCCUAGCCUGGUGGCUGAGAACACGAGAAGCUGUGAAAGAUUCAAGUCGUUUCUGCCGUCCGCUCAGGAUUAAUGAUGCUUCGAUCCGUGUUCGUAUAUCCCCUCGUCGGAUUUUAUCACACCUGGAUUUUUCUUCUAACGCUGGAGUGCAGAUGAUGAUUGUGGCAAUAAGGAGGUCAUCGUAUUUUUUUGAAAAUAAAUCAGAUUUACACAUCCAUGUACAAUGAUAUACAUACGCCCAUAUUGAAAAACCGACGAUUUUUAAAGGAGCAAAAGAUCAAACGUAAUCAACGAACAUCAACAAAUGUCACAGAAAUUCUUACGUCGGAAAGCCUGGCUGUCUGAGUUUGUGUAUAAAACAAAUGUGUGGCGGCGGACGGCGGCAUAUAGCAGUACUGUAUCAAACAUUGCGGAUGCUACAAAAUAAAUAAAUAAACAUUUGCCUUUUAUAAAUCUUAAAAAAUGAGAGCCAGUGGAAACACGGACAACAUGCCCAGCUGAAAAAAACGCAAUCGAUUUUUUCCCAUUUCCUUUAUUUUGAUUAUUUUAUUUAUUUGAUCAACGGCAUCAUUGUUGCAAGUUAUGUAGUUACGAUGAUUAUUAUUUGAACCAUCGCAAAGCGUAAGUGGAGCCCGACCUCGCUAAUUAAGAGGAAUUCAUUUUUUGGAAAUAUGAAGGUGGAACGCCUUUUGAACAGAUAAAUCGCUUAUAUUAAUUUAUUUUUGGAAUAUGUUUAUGUUGUGGUUUUGUUUUUGGCAUAAAAUCUGACGAAGGACUGUUUUACACUAUCCGUCGGAAGACCGACCGGCCAGCCAGCCAGCCGAGAACACGCUUCAUUUUUCACACCGAUACUUUUCAAUUUAUAUAAAUACACAGCGGUGUACUCAAUGGGCGUCAGUCGUUCUUUCUUUUUUUACAAAACGACUUCGCUAUGACGAUAUAGAAGAAUAAAACAGUUGUAUGCUUAUUAAGUCCUGAGGCAGAUGGGGUGUAAUGUGGUGUGGUUGUACUGAGAAUUCGCCUCCUGCUCUGCUUCGUAACGACUGGCGUUUGGUGUCUGUAGAAUGGCGCGGUUUGGAGACGAGGUACCGUCCAGGUAUGGCGGGGGGCCCGGCCCGGGGGGCCCCGGUCGCGGCGGCAGCAGGCAGGGUGGCCCGCCGGGAGCCCAGAGGAUGUACAAGCAGUCGAUGGCCCAGCGAGCCAGAACCAUGGCCUUGUACAACCCCAUACCGGUGCGGCAGAACUGCUUAACAGUCAACCGGUCCUUGUUCAUCUUCAGCGAGGACAACUUCGUGAGAAAAUACGCCAAAAAGAUCACCGAAUGGCCUCCUUUUGAAUACAUGAUCCUGGCCACCAUCAUCGCUAACUGCAUCGUGCUGGCCCUGGAACAGCACCUGCCGGAUGGGGACAAGACACCCAUGUCUGAGCGACUGGAUGACACAGAGCCCUACUUCAUUGGCAUCUUCUGCUUUGAGUCGGGCAUCAAGAUCCUGGCACUGGGCUUCGCCUUCCACAAGGGCUCCUACCUGCGCAACGGCUGGAACGUCAUGGACUUCGUGGUGGUACUGACCGGGAUCUUGUCCACGGUGGGCUCGGAUUUUGACCUGCGCACGCUACGUGCCGUCCGAGUGUUGAGACCCCUCAAACUGGUGUCGGGAAUUCCCAGCCUGCAGGUGGUGCUGAAGUCCAUCAUGAAGGCCAUGAUCCCACUGCUGCAGAUUGGCCUGCUCCUUUUUUUUGCCAUCCUCAUGUUUGCCAUCAUCGGCCUGGAGUUCUACAUGGGCAAGUUCCACACCACCUGCUUCAAUAUUAUCACCAUGGAGAUCGAGGAGGAGUUCCCGUGCGGGAAGGAGGCUCCCUCGCGGCUCUGCCCCAACGGGACAGUGUGUCAGGGAUACUGGCUCGGUCCAAACUACGGCAUCACGCAGUUCGACAACAUCCUGUUCGCCGUGCUCACUGUCUUUCAGUGCAUCACCAUGGAGGGCUGGACCGACCUGCUCUACUAUAGCAACGAUGCCUCAGGGAGCGCCUGGAAUUGGAUGUACUUCAUCCCCCUCAUCAUCAUCGGAUCCUUUUUUAUGCUGAAUCUGGUGCUGGGUGUGCUGUCCGGUGAAUUUGCCAAAGAGAGGGAGCGUGUUGAGAACAGAAGCGAGUUCCUCAAGCUGAGGCGGCAGCAGCAGAUAGAGCGGGAGCUGAACGGAUACCUGGAGUGGAUCUGCAAAGCAGAAGAGGUCAUCCUCGCUGACGAGGACCAUGACGGGGACGACCGGAUGCCCUUCGACGGAUCACGGCGGAGGCCGACCAUAAAGAAGAGCAAGACUGACCUGCUGAACCCGGAGGAGGGAGAGGGGGACAUGGGCGUGGGCUCGCCCUUCGCUCGCUCCAGCAUUAAGAGUGCCAAACUGGAGGGCUCCUCCUUCCACAAGAAGGAGCGGCGGCUGCGCUUCUUCGUCCGCCACGUGGUGAAGACGCAGGCCUUCUACUGGACCGUGCUGUGCCUGGUGGGCCUCAACACGCUGUGCGUGGCCGUCGUGCACUACGACCAGCCCGAGCUGCUGUCCGACUUCCUCUACUUUGCGGAGUUCAUAUUCCUGGGAAUCUUCUUGUCGGAGAUGUUCAUAAAGAUGUAUGGACUGGGGUACCGGCCUUACUUUCACUCCUCCUUCAACUGCUUUGACUGCAUUGUCAUUGUGGGAAGCAUAUUCGAGGUGAUCUGGGCCGUGAUCCAGCCAGGAACCUCCUUUGGCAUCAGUGUCUUACGAGCUCUCAGGUUAUUGAGGAUCUUCAAAGUGACCAAGUACUGGGCGUCCCUGCGCAACCUGGUGGUGUCCCUGCUGAACUCCAUGAAGUCCAUCAUCAGCUUGCUCUUCCUCCUCUUCCUCUUCAUCGUGGUCUUCGCUCUGCUGGGCAUGCAGCUCUUCGGGGGACAAUUUAACUUUGAAUCAGGCACACCCCCAACAAAUUUUGAUACGUUUCCUGCAGCAAUAAUGACCGUGUUUCAGAUCCUUACAGGUGAGGACUGGAACAUGGUGAUGUACGACGGCAUCGAGUCUCAGGGCGGAGUCAACAAAGGCAUGGUCUUCUCCAUCUUCUUCAUCGUCCUCACACUCUUCGGGAACUACACCCUGCUCAAUGUGUUCUUGGCUAUCGCUGUGGACAAUCUGGCCAAUGCACAGGAGCUGACUAAGGAUGAACAAGAGGAGGAGGAGGCUGCAAGUCAAAAGAUCGCCCUGCAGAAAGCCAAGGAGGUGGCAGAGGUCAGCCCCCUGUCUGCAGCCAACCUAUCCAUCGCAGCAGAGACAGUUAACACUGAGCGUCUGCACACUACAGAGCCCUUGCUGGACUGUAAGGAGCAGCAGAAGAAUCAUAAGUCCUCUAAGUCGGUGUGGGAGCAGCGCACCCAUGAGCUGCGUAAGCAGACCCUGAUGACCAGCAGGGAGGCGCUGUACAACGAGCUGGACCCCGAGGACCGCUGGAAGGUGUCCUACUCCCGCCACAUUCGGCCGGACAUGAAGACGCACCUGGACCGGCCGCUGGUGGUGGACCCCCAGGAGAACCGCAACAACAACACCAACAAGACGCGGCCCAGCGAGGGGGCGGAGCCGGACCAGCGGCUGAGCCAGCAGCGGGCCGAGGAGUUCCUGCGCAAGCAGGCGCGCUUCAACGAGCGGGGCGGGGGCGGCGGCGGGGGCGGCUCGGGCCGGUCCUUCGAGAGGGCCGACUCCGCCGAGUCGCGCUGCGGGCGCAAGGACCACGAGCCGGGCCAGCGCGGGCCCAACCACCACUCCCACCCCCACCUGGACCGCGCCGAGGACUGCGGCCGCGACCCGCACCGCCGCCACCAGCACCGGCCGCCCGCCGGCCGGCCCAAAGACGGCCGCAGCUCGUCCCCCCGCGGCGAGGGCGGGGCCCCGGAGCACCGCCGCCCCCGCCAGCAUCGCAGACCCCCCGAGGACGAGGACGGGGGCGGAGGGGGCGGGGGCAGGGGCGGGGGCCGCGGCGGACGCCACAGGGGCCCGGGAGGAGAGGGGAGCCGGAGCAGGGGGACGGACGGGGACGGCGAGCACACGGACGGCGGGGAACGGAGACAGAGGCGCCAUCGCCAUGGCGCCCAGUCCACCUAUGAGAACGACGGCAAGAGGGACAGAGACAGGGACAGAGUCCGACAGCACAGAGUUAGGAAGGAGGGUCAGGGUAACGGCCCCACCCUGUCCACCACCCGGCCCAUCCAGCAGAAUCUGCCGCGGCAGGACAGCCAGUACAGCGAGGACAUGGACAACGUCAUGAACAGCAAGCUGGCCACGCAGCCCCCGGCGACACGCAACCACGCCCCCAACCCCCACGCCCUGUCCAACCACAGCCUGUCCAGCCUGCCCAGCCCCACCAACAACAGCACCACCACCCAGAACGCCGUCAACGCCCCCGUCAGCAACCCCCAGCCCGGCGGGGGCGACCCCGGAAAAACCCCCGAAAACAGCCUGAUCCUCACCAACCCCGCCUCCACACCCAUCAACCCGGGCAAGACCGGCACCAAGAAGCCAGAGCACACCGCAGUGGACAUGCCGCCUGUGUUCCCCUCCAACAACGCCAUUCUGCAAGUGAAUAAAAAUGCUAACACGGAGCCCCUGCCCAAGAAGGAUGAGGAGAAGAAGGAGGACGACGACGACGACAAAGGGGACGAGAACGGCCCCAAACCCAUGCCCCCCUACAGCUCCAUGUUCAUCCUGUCCACCACCAACCCGUUCCGGAGGCUGUGCCACUACAUUGUGACGCUGCGCUACUUUGAGAUGUGCAUCCUGCUGGUCAUCGCCAUGAGCAGCAUCGCGCUGGCCGCAGAGGACCCGGUCCAGCCCGACUCCCCCCGAAACAACGUGCUGCGCUACUUUGACUACGUCUUCACCGGAGUGUUCACGUUCGAGAUGUUGAUCAAGAUGGUGGACCUGGGCCUGGUGCUGCACCAGGGCUCUUAUUUCCGAGACCUGUGGAACAUCCUGGACUUUAUAGUGGUUAGUGGUGCCCUGGUGGCCUUCGCCUUCACGAGCAGCGCCCGGGGGAGUAGUAAGGGGAAGGACAUCAGCACCAUCAAGUCUCUGAGGGUUCUGAGAGUGCUGCGUCCACUGAAGACCAUCAAGCGUCUGCCUAAGCUGAAGGCUGUGUUCGACUGUGUGGUGAACUCUCUGAAGAAUGUUCUGAACAUCCUGAUUGUCUACAUGCUCUUCAUGUUCAUCUUCGCUGUGGUGGCUGUGCAGCUGUUCAAGGGGCGCUUUUUCUACUGCACCGACGAGUCCAAGGAGUUUGAGCGCGACUGCAGGGGCGAGUAUCUGGUGUACGAACGUGACAAUGAGGUGAAGGCUCAGAAGCGGGAGUGGAAGAAGUACGAUUUCCACUACGACAACGUGCUUUGGGCCCUGCUCACCCUCUUCACCGUGUCUACUGGAGAGGGGUGGCCGCAGGUGCUGAAACAUUCAGUGGAUGCGACCUAUGAGAAUCAGGGCCCGAGCCCGGGGUACCGGAUGGAGAUGUCCAUCUUCUACGUGGUGUACUUCGUGGUCUUCCCCUUCUUCUUCGUCAACAUCUUCGUGGCUCUCAUCAUCAUCACCUUCCAGGAACAGGGCGACAAGAUGAUGGAGGACUACAGUCUGGAAAAGAACGAGAGAGCCUGCAUAGACUUUGCCAUCAACGCCAAACCUCUGACACGUCACAUGCCGCAGAACCGACUGAGCUUCCAGUAUCGCAUGUGGGAGUUUGUGGUGUCACCGCCCUUUGAGUACACCAUCAUGGCCAUGAUCGCGCUCAACACCAUCGUGCUCAUGAUGAAGUACAAUGGAGCCUCGCCCGCCUAUGAAAACGUGCUGAAGGACCUAAACAUUGUGUUCACCUCACUGUUCUCCAUGGAGUGUGUGCUGAAGAUCAUCGCGUUCGGAGUCCUGAAUUAUUUCAAGGAUGCGUGGAAUAUUUUUGAUUGUGUGACCGUCCUUGGGAGCAUCACUGAUAUUUUAGUCACUGAAUUAGGGAACAACUUCAUAAACCUCAGUUUCCUGCGGCUCUUCAGGGCUGCUAGGCUCAUUAAGCUGCUCAGGCAGGGCGAGACCAUCCGCAUCCUGCUCUGGACCUUCGUCCAGUCCUUCAAGGCGCUGCCGUACGUCUGCCUGCUCAUCGCCAUGCUCUUCUUCAUCUACGCCAUCAUCGGCAUGCAGCUCUUUGGCAAUAUAGGAAUUGAGGAGGAGGAAGGAGACAGUGCCAUCAACCAGCACAACAACUUCAGGACCUUCUUCCAGGCCCUCAUGCUGCUCUUCAGGAGCGCGACGGGAGAGGCGUGGCAUGACAUAAUGCUGUCGUGUCUGGGAGGAAAGGACUGUGACCCUCGGUCUGGUAUCAAGGAGCCAGAGUGUGGCAGCGAGUUCGCGUACCUGUACUUCGUCUCCUUCAUCUUCCUCUGCUCCUUCCUGAUGUUGAACCUAUUUGUAGCUGUCAUCAUGGACAACUUUGAGUAUUUGACGCGAGACUCUUCCAUACUGGGGCCUCACCACCUGGACGAGUAUGUCCGAAUUUGGGCGGAGUACGACCCUGCUGCCUGUGGCAGGAUCAGUCACACUGAUAUGAGUGAGAUGCUCAGACACAUGUCACCGCCGUUAGGACUGGGGAAGAAAUGCCCAGCACGGGUUGCCUACAAGAGGCUGUUGCGGAUGGAUCUGCCGGUUGCGGAGGACAACUCUGUCCACUUUAACUCCACCCUCAUGGCCUUAAUCCGCACGGCGUUGGACAUCAAGAUCGCCAAGGGUACGGAAGGGGGUGUGGACAAGCAUCAGAUGGACUCUGAGCUUCGGAAGGAGAUGAUGGCGAUCUGGCCCAAUCUCUCCCAGAAGACCCUGGACCUGCUGGUUACUCCCCACAAGUCAGCGACAGACCUGACGGUGGGGAAGAUCUACGCCGCCAUGAUGAUCAUGGAGUAUUACCGGCAGAGCAAAGCCAAACGGACUCAGGCUCUCCGAGAGGAGCAGAAUCGAACGCCAUUAAUGUUUCAGCGCCUGGAGCCCCCGUCCCCAACCCAGGAUGGUGGGCAGGGAGUCAACAGCCUCCCGGAGCCUCAGCCAGAGACCGUCAACAGCCUGGCCCUGGAAGGAGGGAUGACGGAGAGCCAGUCCUGGGUGACGGCGCGGGCGCAGGAGAUGUCCCAGAAAGCAGGGAGCUGGAGUCCCGAGGGACAGCAUCCGGAUGACCUGCACGACAACCGGCACAACCCACAGACGGUAGAGAUGAGAGAGAUGGGGCAGGACGGUUACGUCGACACUGAUCACUAUCUCCCAAUGGAAGGGCACGGGAGGGCCGCCUCCAUGCCCCGGCUCCCAGCUGACAACCAACGGAGGAAGGGAAGGCCACGCGGGAAUAAUCUCAGUACCAUCACGGACAGCAGUCCCAUGAAGCGCUCGGCCUCCUCCCUGGGUCACGGGCGCUCGGGGAAGGGGGGCCGGCUGGACGACUACGGCCCCGAGGAGGGCCAGCGGCACGGGCACCGGCGCCGGGAGCGCAGCCACCGCGCCUCCGAGCGCUCCCUGAGCCGCUACACCGACGCGGACACAGGGCUCGGCACAGACCUCAGCACCACCACGCAAUCGGGUGACCUGCCGCCCAAGGAGAAGGACCGCGAGCGCGACCGGGAGAGGGACCGGGAGCGCGGGCGACCCAAGGACCGGAAGCACCACCACCAUCACCACCACCACCACGGCUCCAUGGACAAGGAGCGCUACGGGCCCGACCGCGGCGAGUACGGCCACCGGCCCGCCCGCGACAGAGACCGCCGCUGGUCCCGCUCCCCCAGUGAAGGCCGAGAGUGCCUGACACACAGACAGGGCAGUAGUUCGGUGAGUGGGAGCCCCGUCCCCUCGACCUCCGGCACCAGCACCCCCCGGCGCGGCCGCCGGCAGCUGCCCCAGACCCCCGCCACCCCCCGACCCCACGUCACCUACUCCCCCGUGGUCCGUAAGGCCAUCAACACCCCGCCCGGGCAGCACAGCCGCCACCCCACCCCCACCCCCCGCCGGUUCUCCCCCCCGGGCCCCUCCUCGGCCCACGGCUCCCCGCGCUCGUCCCGGCCCGGCCGCUGGGCGCCCCCGCAGGACAGCGUGGAGGGCGACGGCUGCUUCUACGACCAGGACUACGAGUACGAGCGCCACCAGCCCCCCGCCUACGAGCCGGGCCCCGCGCAGGCCAACCCCCACCCGCACGCCCACCCGCACCCGCACCCCCACCCCCGCUCGCCCAGGACUUCCCGCCACGCGCCCCCGGUCCAGCCGCCCCCCCGCCGACUGCCCAACGGCUACCGCUCGUCCUCACCCUCCCCGCACCACCACGGCCCCCACCCAGGGACCCACAAGCCCCCGCACGCUCGAGGACCCAGAAAGGGGCUGCAUGAACCCUACAGCGAGACCGACGAGGAUGACUGGUGCUAGCCUCCGGGGACCGGGGGGGUCCGGAGAUGGAGGGGUGGGGAAGGGGGGGUGGGGGGGGGAGACGCAGGACGGCUACGCUGUUCUUUUCCCUCACAGAGACGCUGACUGGGAGGGGAGAGCAGGAGGGACGCUACAUUGGCGUGGGCAUACGCGUGUGUGCGUGUGUGUGUGCGUGCAUGUGCGUGUGUGUGUGUGCCGGUGUGUGCGCACACGCCUCACGCAGCCCAGUCAAACAGGAGGAAGUCCUGUGCCCCACCGACUGAAGACGGGGGAGCUGGAGUCAAGGCAUGUUUCUUUCUUUUCCGUUCACUUUUUUUCCCCAUUUCUACUGCUGCUCAGUCUAUCCUGCGGGGAGAGGAAGGGACAGGGGUGGAAGUGGGGCUGUGUCAGCAGAAGACGGGGGGGGUGGGGGGGGGGGAGGGCGGGGUCAGGGGCCUGCAUCGUGAUCACACAGGAAAGUUUGGGGUUCACGUGGUGAAAAAAAUUUCAAAGGCCUAUUAACCAAUGGAAGCACAUCGAUAGAACUAAGCUCAUCCCCCUUCAGAGGAAAAAAAAAAUGAGUUUUACAAUGGAAAUCAAGAUACGGGACCUUCUCCACAAAUCAGCUUCUGCCCCCGGAAACAAGUCACAGCAAAGAAAAAACCAACAACAAAACAAAACACAGAAACUCAUUUAAAAAAAAGGGAGAAUGACCACUUCUGCUUUUCAGGACUGACUGGAGCUCCAUCUAUUGCAAAAACCAACCCCAGUGUUGGGUAAUAUUGAUGAGUUUUAUCAUCUGUGUUUACUGUUAAUAAUUAUGACACUGAUGGCGACCCUUCCGCCUGUGUGUGUGCGGGUGGGGUGAGCAGGAGACGGGCAGCAGGAAGACUUUAUGGAGGGGUGGGGAGAAAGAGGAGGAGGAGGAGGAGGAGUCAGUGGGGGGGGGGGGGGGGUGCUUCUCUCCCCUGCUACCAUACCCAUUGCUCCCAACGCUGCUGCCCAAACCUAGGAAGGAAGAAACACAAAAAGAAAAUCAGAGGGAAAAAAACACUUUCUUCAGUAUUUCUUCUUCUAAUUCUAUUGCUUCUUCUAAUUCUUCCCUCUCUUCUUCUACUUCUUCUCUUUCUUCUUCUUCUUCUUCAAAACAUUGGAGCUUGAUAAUUCUGUUGCACCCGUUCAGCUUUGUUUGAUCUCUUACAGUAAAAUCCCGUGAUUGAUCCUGCAUGAUUGAUACAAAAAAAAAAAUAACAAAGAGAAACUACUGUAUGAGGGGGGAAAAUAUCUUGGUCCUUUUUCUUUUUUUUAAGCCUGUUGAAGUUCUCUCUCUUUCUCCCUCCCUCCCUCUCUCUUUCUUUGUUGGUUCCUCUCACUGUGUUUUUGGGUAAAGGGGAGCUUCUUGAAGUGUUUGGAAAGCACAAUGACUCGAUGCAUAUCACGCACACACACGCCCUCUCACACGCACAUUCACAUCCACAUAGACGCACACCCCCAUUGGAAUUUCCAUUUGUGUGAGGACGUGCAGUAGUUCUUCCCGCAAUAUUUUAUAUUCUGCACCAAAUUACCAGCACAACUACCAACAGGAAUGAAAAAUAAUUGUAAAAAUAUAUAUAUAAUAGAUACAGUAUAUUUAAGGACAGUCAUUUUGUAGGCAAAAAAUAAUUUGAACAGGGUUAUUCAUGUAAUCCGUAAAAUGUCUUCUUUUCCUUUUCCUAGUUUUGUCCCAGGUUUAACUUCCAUAGCUAGUCAGACCCUUUCUGUUCGUAUCCUGCAGUGGUUUUGCCUCGUUCUGAGCUCCAGCUGAACCCCUGCUGAAUCAGUGCUGAGAACCCAAGCCUGCGGCUGCACAGACUCCCAUACACUGCAGGGCUUCAAACCAUGCCCAUGCAGGGCCGGGCCGGGCCAGGCGCGGGCCAGGCCUGGGUAUAGCGCAGGUGUGAAAACCACUCCGCCAUGUAGACCCGUGCUUCCAGUCUUCCGUGGUUUUCUGCUGGAAAGAGAGAACAUGAAAGAGGGAGAGCCAGAGAGAAUUUCUCCAUUUUAUGAGUUGAUUUGUUAUUAAUAGCGAUAACGGUUCUAUAAAUAAUGAUUACGAUAUUAAUGAUAAUUAUCAAAAAAAAAAAAAAAAACAAUUCUGAUGAUGAUGAUGAUGAUGAUGAUGAUGAUGCUUGUGAUUAUGAGAGAGAGAAUCUCUGUAGAUUUCUGUUUGUUUUGUUUUUUUGGAGUUAGCUGAGUUCAUCUUGUGGCCAUCUUUGUGUUCGUGUUAAGUGUGGCAGUGCCGGGCCUGGGACCAGGGUUUGGGGGCGGAGCUCUGUGUUCUGUGAGAGAGGGCCUGCGCCAUGGCGACCGUUCUGCUGUGGGAACCGUUACAAGAUGCACUGCUGAUAUAGGGGGCUGAGAUCAUUACAGUAUGGGUGGGGUACAAAGAAGCUGCACAAGGAGAGGAGGAGGAAGUGGAGGGAUGCACCGAAUACGUGGACUUUAUAAGUACCCUGCCGUGAUAGGUCAGCAGAGCCCUGAAUGGGUCAAGGUGACAGGCUUCUCAGCUACAGCACAACCUGGAUGUUCAGACACGUGUCAGCCUUGUGGAUAGUGACUAUGCCUAAACCCCAAAGUGUCCAAGUUGAUCCCCCUUGGAAAUGCUGUUGAGUGCAUUUUCUAAACCAUGACCUCAAAAUUAUUUUCCAUAAGUAAAUGAUUAUAUCUUCUUUUUUUUCCAAGUUAUUUGGAUUUGGCAUUUUGUAUACAAUGAAAUUAGACUUGACUGGUGAUUACCCUCAGUUUCCAUCAACAGGAUGAUCAUAUAGGAUUCUGUCAUACAUUUCUCAGCCACUAGAUGGUGGCGUUGUAUCUUUGAGGAGGAAACAGAGCUCCGCUACCACUCCCGGUCACCAGAGGGCACUGUAUGCAGCUCACAACUCAAUCCCAUUGUCUUCUCUCACACGAACGUCUCUGUAUUGAUAAUAAUACCGGGACUUUUCCCACGCCCCGCCUUAAAUUCACUCCGACAAGCACGGUCUUUCUAUACACUGGAACUAGUUAGAUGUCUGUUUCCAGUGGAGAAUUCUGUUAUUUGUUUAUUUUUGUUUUAUUUCCCAGGACAUGUAACACAGUCAAUCAACUGCAUGGGAGAAAAUAAUGACUGGGCCUUUUAAACCUUCCUCUUUGUCCCCCUGAUCUGUUGUGUGUCUCUGUCAGCCCCAACCAACAUCUGCCUCUCUUUCCUCAGUUUGUCUCUCUGCAGAGGACUAGACAGUAUAUUACUAACAACAUAAGCAGCCUUUCUUUACUGUAGUAUUAUUAUUAUUAUUAUUAUUAGUAUUAUUAGUAUCAUCAUUGUUGUAGUCACACCCAUUAGCUGUCAUGCAUCAGCCAAUCUACAGUUAUGACACUAUCGAUAUACUAUAGUUAAAGGAUAGUACAGCUUAGGUAUAGCCGUGGGUAUCUCCAGUUAAGGUGUACCUGCACUUGUCCCACUUUAGUUAUAUUACCCUAUAACUAUACAUCAAAUUAUACCAUCAUACAAACAUAGAUGUCACACUGUAGGUGUCACACAACAGGUGUAUAUCUCUACACAAAGCUUACUGUAGGAACACUUUCAGUAGCACAUUUGUGUGUGUGUAUCUAUGUUUUUGUAUACUUGUGAGUUGUGGUUGUGUGUGUGUGCGUGCAUGUCCAUAUGUAUGAGUCUAUGUGUGUGCUGGUGCAUAUGCUUGAGUCUGUGCGUGUGUGCGAGCGUGCAUGUGCAUAUGUAUGAGUCCAUGUGUGUGCUGGUGCAUAUGCUUGAGUCUGUGUGUGUGUGUGUGUAGGUGGUUAAGUGAACAGAAUGCAUGGGAUCAGGAGGUGAAUGGGGCUGUAUGGUCACUGUCUGGUGGCUGCUUCCAGCUGUAGGCGUACGCAUCUCCCAGUUUAUAGAUCCAGGAUGAGAAAUUCAUCUCUGGGCCAAUUACAGUCCCAUUCUUGUCGAGCUGUGCUUUGGGAUGUAUUGUUUCAGUUGCAUUUGGCAAAGUGACGAAACCCACCAGGAGCUCUAACAAACAUAAGAUAGGCAACGUGGAACAUGAUUAGACAAACAGAGACUAGCCUACCAGCAUUAUGCCAAAAAGUACUGCACUCUAGGUGCCACGAUGGCACAUUGCAUGUCAGCAAUGCAGUCCCAUUAUUAGUUUUGUUUUUACUUCAGUAAGUAUAGAGCCUCCUGAUCUACCUCCAGCUGCCAUUUUCUCUCACCACAACUAGUUUAGUUCAAGAAGGAGACUGAAUGAGUAUCUGUCCAAUAAUGCCAUAAGAUGCUGAUGAAUUUAGAAUGAAAUUUCAAGUGGUUGUAUCACCCUGAAAAACUAUUGGCUUCAACUUUUCUCUUUUUCAUCUUUCCUUACUUCAUUUCGGUCUGUGCUUUUUCACUCGAACUCUUUCUCAGUCAGCUUUUCUGACUCUGAACCAAAAAAUUUUUCUGUCUUAGUUUCAUUCCAGCAAAUCAUGUCCUCAGUCGUAGGCACACUAAUAUAUAAGAGCAGGAAGUACUUGUAUUCCCUGUACUUUAAACAUUUUACAGAAACACACACACAGUUUCUUCAUUGUUCUUCACCUUUAUUUUAGUUUUUUGUGCUGUUUCUGUAUAUCUUGAUAUUGAUCUACAGAUCACAUUAACAGUGAAAUUUGUGUGUCAUCUUUCUGUAGUGUCACAGAAAAUUCAAUAACAGAAACUGAAUGCACCCCAUCAACCCCCUGUGCCCCAUCCCCCACCAGAAGCCCUGGCCUUUGAUGCCAUUCACCUUCUUGUUUGGGUAGGGGAGACGGGAGCUGGUUAUGUGUCUGACUUCCUGUCAUGAGUCAUGAAAAGAGGAAGUAAAAUUUGUGUCUGAGACCUGAUGCAAGGUACGUUUUUGCAUUUAAUUUGACCUUAAGUGUGACAACCACAUGUCUGAGCAGAGCUGAUCAUAACUCUUACCUGC